GGGUCCCAGGGGUGUUGACACGUCCAGCACCUUGCCUUGCUGAGCUUCCCAGCAGCAUCCUCCUCCAUGCUGCUCUGUCCUUGGGCCGAGUCUCAUCCAGAGAGUCCUGGGGUGGGGAAGUAGACAGAACGUCUUCAUAAUUUCCACCCGGAAAAACAGAGUUGAAAAUAUUCUGGCAAGGCACAAUCUGUCAAACUGAACCUGUUAACUAUCACUUUAUCUAAUGAUGUCUUUCCUUCUCACCUGUGUGCUUUCCUGUCUGUUGUCAUUCAGUGGGAGAUGGUGCAGUCCCCAAAGGAAGAUCCAUGAAAUAACCUGGGAACAAGUGUGGUGGUGGGUAAGGACCAACGGGGGUAGGGGCAGGUGUGCAUGGUGUCCACCCAGCUCCCUGGGCCCCGUGGUCUGUCCACAGAAGAAUGUCUCCAUCAGCCAGGGUCUGGGCUGAGUGCUGCCGGGCAGGGUGACGGUACCAGGCUUGCUUCAUAGGCUUGAGGAUGAAAGAUCAGAGAAACUCCUAGGGAACACUGAGAGUCCAGCCAAGAUUGUAAAGUAGAGUUAGGUUAUAUAGGGUUUAAAAUUCUGAGUGCAGUCCACUUAGCGCCCCGAAGUGCUCAUCUACAGAGGCCUUGCCUUUGGAAGUAAGGAAAUUACUUUUCCAUCCUGGUAUUGACAUCUCUGAUGAGCUAGAACAUUCUGUCAGUUAAAUGAUCUUAUCCUUCCCUGUUGACAUCUGCACUGUUCAAAAGAUUACUCAGUUAAAAACUCUUUAUGUCUAAAAGUGGGAGAAUUGUCACUUUAUUUAAUUGAACCCACUAAACAAUCUGUACUUCAGAUGAAUUUGUGUGGGUUUUUUUCCAGUUUUCACUUAACUACAAAACCAUUGGCCUUUUAACCAACUUUAUUUGAUAUACAUGCAUGAUUUAUUUUUAUUGCAGUUCUUUGGAUUUUUAGGUAUCUUGUAUAUAAUCUUUUAAAUAAAGACGUUUGAAGCAAAUGGGCUUUGAAGCAUGAUCGGUCUUAAAACUGAUGGGUAUGCUUUAAGAGGUUAUGGCAUGUGUUACCAUAUUUAUUUCCAUUUUCAUGUUUAAAGUUAAUUUCAAAGCAUAUAAUAUGAAAUCAAAUAUCUGGUUACAGAGGAAUGGAAAUCUUUAAUUUCAUGUGUUUUUUUGAACUGCAUGAAUACUGAUAGUAAAGCCAAAAAUGAUAACAAAUAAUGUAAUAAUAUGUCAGUUAUCUCAGAAAAAGUGCUUUUUUUUGGGGGGGGGGGAGUGAGAAUCUAGACAAAUCAGUUUCAAAGUAUUUGUGUGGUAUCUCAAAAAUAUACAAUAAUUUCUAAAGGUUGUAAGUAGAUCGUACAUACUUCUUAGCACUUUAUAUUUACAAAAUUCCUUAGAACUUCAAGAACUUGAGCUAAAUGUUGACCUAUUUAGUCUUUGUAUUUUGAAGAAAUUUAGAAGACAUUCAUGGCUUUAUGGUGAUGCUGUGGAUUAUGGGUGCUGGCUUCGUCCUGUCCUCACCGGUCUCUCAUGCUGGCGGGCGGUUCUGGUACGGUUGGAAGGAUGUAGCCACCCCGUUGUCAUGAAAGGCCUGUGUGCUGAGUGCGGCCAGGACCUAACCCAGCUGCAGAGUAAGAACGGGCAGCAGCAGGUCCCUCUGUCCACAGCCACUGUGUCCAUGGUGCACAGCGUCCCGGAGCUGAUGGUGAGCUCUGAGCAAGCUGAGCAGCUGGGAAGGGAAGACCAGCAGCGUCUACAUCGAAACAGAAAGCUGGUGCUCAUGGUGGACUUGGACCAGACGCUGAUCCACACGACCGAGCAGCACUGCCAGCAGAUGUCGAACAAAGGCAUCUUCCACUUCCAGCUGGGCCGGGGCGAGCCAAUGCUGCACACCCGCGUGCGUCCCCACUGCAGGGAGUUCCUGGAGAAGAUUGCCAGGCUGUACGAGCUUCAUGUCUUCACCUUUGGGAGCCGGCUGUAUGCCCACACCAUUGCAGGCUUUUUGGACCCUGAGAAGAAGCUUUUUUCUCAUCGAAUAUUAUCAAGGGACGAAUGUAUUGACCCGUUUUCUAAAACAGGGAACCUCAGAAAUCUCUUUCCCUGUGGAGACUCAAUGGUCUGCAUCAUUGAUGAUCGAGAAGAUGUCUGGAAGUUUGCCCCCAAUCUGAUCACCGUGAAGAAAUACGUCUACUUCCAGGGCAUAGGAGACAUCAACGCUCCCUCUGGGUCUCGGGAGUCCCAGGCAAGAAGGAAAGUAAAUCAGUCUUCAAGAGGUGCUGAUGGCCCAGAACAAGCUCCGUCCAUCAGGGAGAUCGAGGAAGGACGGCAGGUUUCUGGGGUUGAGCAAAGUAAUGGCCUUGGGAAGCCCAUGAGGGAGCUCAAUGGGGGCGCCUCUCCACGAGGGGACUGGCCCCUGCCUGGGCAGGAGGAGGAGAGAGGAGCCCGGCCCACUACCCGUGGCCCCUUGGCUGAUGGCAAGGGGCCCCCCGCCUGUGCUCAGCAGCAUGGUCGGACAUUGCCGGAAAAGCGACCUGCUCAGGGCACGGCCAGUGGUGACCUGGACUUUGACCUCUCCAGCGACAGCGAAUCAGACGCCCAGUCAUCUGAUGGUGAAAGCGGGGAGGGGAAAAGCCUAGAAAGGCCUCAAGGAGCACGAGAUGCAGGAAAGGCGGCACAGCGGGGCGGCCCCUCUGGCCCAGGAGGGGAGAGGCCCACAGGAGUGAGUCCAUGUGCAGAGUCAGCCCCAGACGUGCAGGAGGAGGGCGAGCGGGACGGCCUGUGCGGGCUGGCCAGUGGCUCCAUGGACAGGAAGGAAGCCGAGACGGAGUCGCAGAACAGCGAGCAGUCGGGCAUCACGGCGGGCGAGUCUCUGGACCAGAGCGUGGAGGAAGAGGAAGAUGACGAGGACGACGGGGACGAGGACGACCACUUGGUCUACCUGGAGGAGAUCCUUGCCCGAGUGCAUUCCGACUACUAUGCCAAAUAUGACCGGUACCUCCGUGGGGACAGCCAGGAAGCCCCCGACAUAAGGAAGAUCGUCCCAGAGCUCAAGAGCAGAGUGCUGGCAGACGUUGCCAUAAUAUUUAGUGGGCUACACCCAACAAAUUUUCCGAUCGAGAAGACACGGGAGCAUUACCAUGCCACGGCCCUUGGAGCCAAGAUCCUCACUCAGCUAGUGCUGGACCCCGACAACCCCGACAGGGCCACCCACCUGAUCGCGGCACGUGCAGGCACAGAGAAGGUGCGCCAGGCCCAGGAGUGUGGGCAGCUGCAUGUGGUCAACCCCGACUGGCUAUGGAGCUGCCUGGAGCGCUGGGACAGGGUGGAGGAGCAGCUCUUCCCUCUCAGGGACGACUAUGGCCGAGCACAGAGAGAAGACGGCCCAGCAGCCUUUCCUGACAGGCAGGGUGCACUUCCCACUGCCUUGUUCCACCCGACACCCGUCCACCCCAGGACCCAACCAGGGCCGGAAGUUCGCAUCUAUGACGCCAACACGGGCAAGCUCAUCCGGAAAGGUGCUGUGGGCCCUGGGCCCCCUGGCUCCCUGGCGGUGCACACGGAGCACUCCUCCUUCAGAGUGGUUCAGCCGCCGCGGCAGAUGCUUGCGCAAGAGCUGCCAGAUAGCCGACCCGGAGAGCAGCCCGGCCCCAGUGGACGGAAGCGACAGCCCAGCAUGUCAGAGACAAUGCCGCUGUACACGCUGUGUAAGGAGGACUUAGAGAGUAUGGACAAAGAGGUGGAUGACAUCCUAGGAGAGGGCAGUGACGACAGCGACAAUGAGAAGAGGAGGCCAGAGGAGGAGCGGAAGGAGCGGCCCCCACCCCGGGAGCCCCAGGCCACACCCGAGGCCACACCAAGCAGCGAGAGGACCAGGGCCGGCAGCCGGGGGCCCAGAGGCCACAAGCGGAAGCUGCCUGAGGAGGACGCCGGCAGCGCAUCCAGCGGGGAGUCCAGCGGGGAGGACGAGGAGGGCAGCAGCUCAGAGGCAGACGAGAUGGCCGCAGCGCUUGAGGCAGAGCUCAACGACCUCAUGUGACCUGUGGGGCAGGGCGCAGGGCAGACACCGCUCUAUCCCUGGGGGGCUCCUGGCCGCAUGGGCCCUCGCCUGAGGUUUCCUUUUCUCCGGGAAGACAUGUAUAUUUGCAGAGCUCCACAUACAGAAAAAAUAAUUUUGCAGAAAUAGGUGUUUUUAGAGGUUUUACUACAGAAGGUCUACUUUUCUAAGGGACAGUGUCCUCGGAGGUGGUGUGCCAAAGAUGUCACAGUGGCCCACACAGCCUGGUAUGCAGUGGGCAGGCAGUACAUGGGGCGGCAGCCAGAGCUGCCCCUGUGGGCCAGGCAGCGGGCGGGUGCGCGGGGCCCUCCUCCUCCAGGACACAGAUGUAAAGUUUUGUAUAUCUAUUUCGCAAUUGACCCACCAAGCGGAUUUCUCUUUCGUUUAAUAAAACUCCUUUUUGUAA